UUUAGUUCCAAAGCUUUUAAUAUCGGAGGAAUCGUUGCCUUGUGUCUGAUCCUUCUUGUUACACUGGCCGGAAAUUCUCUCAUUGUAAUGCUCGUUUACAAAACGCCCAACUUAAGAAAACCCAUAAAUUAUUUCAUCGCAAACAUGGCCUCGUCCGAUUUGCUGUUUAUACUAUUUAUAUGCCAUGGGAUCCUCGCAAGGUUGAACAUAUCAUGGAUUAUCGGUAGCCAGUUUGGCCAGGCUUUUUGUAAGCUUAUCAGUUUCUUACCAGCAGUUUCCUCAUUUGUUUCGAUUCAAAAUCUGAUUCUGAUAGCGGUGGAUCGAUUUGGAGCCGUGGUAUUUCCACUCCGUUCCCCACUCAUCAGAUCCAAGUUGUGCCCCUUCUUUAUUCUCGCAACCUGGAUAGUUGCACUAGCUGUCAGUUCACCAUACGUCUUUGCUGCCAAACUGGUUGAAAACUAAGGAACAAAGCAGUGUGAUGAAACCGCCGGAUGGAAUGAAGCAUUCGGGGCCGUUCUCGUCGUAUCAAGACUUCACAAUAGUCAUCUUUAUCUUGUUUAUCUGCAUCCCUGUACUGUUGUUAGUCAUUCUUUACUCCUUCAUCUUUAUCAAACUCAAGGAACAGGUGCACCCAGGUGAACAUUCGUCCAACAUUGAACAACAACGACAAAGAAGAAACAGAAACGUGCUUUAUAUGUCUAUUGCUAUCAUUUCAGUGUUUGUGUUUUGCUGGUUACCAUUCAUAACUAGUAAAUUAAUCUUAGUUUAUCGGAGCAGUUCCACUCAUUUUUCCUGUAGUUUCAGCCAUGACUAUCAUGUCACCUAUUAUAUAGCUGCCGCUUACUUUGCUUUGAACCCGAUUAUCUGCUUCACUUUUAGUAGCAAUUACCGGCUUGGUCUUAAAAGGCUCAUAAACAGUUCUUCUGGUGUACAACAGUAA